GAUCGUGGUCCGUUCUUCUUUCUUGUUCGCGUCCAAGAACAAUAGGCCAAACCGUAAUGACUUUUGUGUGACAGUUGUGGUCCGUUCUUUGUAUAUAGUCUUGUGAUAUUAGAUUUGUAGAUUGAGUUCGUGCGGGGGUGGAAUUAAAUGGAACACUGCCAGAAUGAACAAGAUACACUCAGGAGUACUAGCUUUGGUCUUGGGCAUUUUUUUCAUACAUGCGGCCGACCCGCCAUUCGAAAAGAACACCGGUAGUUUUCUGGAGUACACUAGCGCGAAAUACUUACCAUUCACCAGUACCGGAUAUCAAACCGACUCGACCCUCUUGGCACCGAGAAUCGAUUCACAACCCGAUCUACAAUUGAGUACGUCCAAAUCUAGUCAAGUUGAGAACACUGAGAAUUUACAGCAAUUCCACAACUAUCUCAUAAAGAUACACAACGAGACCAAGUCCAACGGCGACACUACGGAAACUCCAGAAGAGAAAAACUAUGAUGUAAUUAACAAGUUCUUGAAUAAAAAAGAGAAAACUCAAUACGAGAAAUUGCUGGAAAAAGAUUUCAUAAGACCGUUGCUUACGCUUUACCAGAAGCAAAUACAUCAGGAGCCGGACUUUAUUGCUGGCAAUUUUAGUGACUCAUCUAGAAUAUCCAAGGAAGAUUACGUCGAUGAUUUCAAAGUCCUUUCCAAAGAUGAACUGGACAUGUUAAUACAUGGCGGAGAGACCUACCAACACAAUGAGGAACAAAACGUCAAUCAAAACUUUGACCAAAAAGUUAGACGUGAUGAUAACAUCGAAGAGAACAAUGACAAUGAACAUAUUGGUGAAAUCCUCCCGCCAGAUUACAAAGAGGAACCAAAAAAAGAGAAUAUUCAUAGAUUUUCUCCUGUGAGAAGAAGACUCACUCUCUACAACCCUUACAGGCAACGAAAGUCAUAUGAUUACGAAGACGGUUUCAAGCCUGGUGGUCCUUUCUUAGAUAAUGUAGAUUUACCUAGAUUAAGGAAACCAGUCACCUUCCCAGGAGAAAGAUUUCGGCCGGAAUACGAACCUUCGGCUUCCUCGGGAGAUGGAUUCGAUCCAACAGGCGAAGAACCUAGAUCGGUUUUCUCCAGACCUCCAAGACUGAGUUUGCCACCAAACGAAGUGCCAGGCUUCAGAAUGCCGAGACGGUUUAGAGGUUAUCCUAGUUUUUCGGACGGUUUUCCCACUGGAAGGGAUCAAUUUUUUGAUCCGGCCAGAUACCAGUCCGGCUGGAGUGGGUCAAGGAGACCCCGAGUAAUCUUCCCCACAGAUUUAGUGGCUUUCAGAGACCCGGUUCAGACCCAAGAAGAGUCAGAUUGGUUACAGGGAGAUAACAGUUUGCAAGAUCUGCAAGACACCGACACUAGAGAUAGAGGCACGCAGGAGUACUGCGCGAGUGGCGCGACCUGCGAGUUCUUUUUGUCAUGUUGGCUGAGCGGCGGAUUGCUGGAGAUGCCCUGCGAGGGCCUGCUGAGGGGCUGUUGCGCACGUGGCGAGAGCAAAACUGGAGUGAGCGGUGGUCCGGCGAUCGGCACCAUCGAGGCGCCCCGCGAGACCGCCAAGAGCCCCGCGGGACUGCUGGAUGCCCAGAUCAGUUGUGGAAUAUCAACUUCGAGGCAACAAGCACAAAGACGGAUCGUGGGCGGCGAAGAGGCAGGCUUCGGCACAUUUCCUUGGCAAGCGUACAUCAGAAUUGGAUCAUCUAGGUGCGGCGGAUCGCUGGUGAGCAGGCGGCACGUGGUGACGGCGGGCCAUUGCGUGGCGAGGGCCACCCCCAGACAGGUGCACGUCACCCUCGGAGAUUACGUCAUCAACUCCGCAGUGGAACCGUUGCCCGCCUACACCUUCGGCGUGGCCCAGAUACAGGUCCACCCGUUCUUUAAAUUCACCCCCCAGGCGGAUCGCUUCGACGUGGCCGUGCUCCGAUUGGAUCGCACAGCUCACAACCUGCCGCACAUAACUCCCAUAUGUCUACCGCCCCGCGGCGAAAGUUUCCUCGGCGAGGUCGGCACCGCGGCCGGUUGGGGUGCCCUCAGUCCCGGUUCGCGGCUUCGUCCCCAGACGCUGCAGGCCGUCCAGGUACCGAUCAUCGACAACAGGGUAUGCGAACGCUGGCACCGCUCCAAGGGUAUCGGGGUGACGAUUUACGACGAGAUGAUGUGCGCCGGUUACAAGAACGGCGGCAGGGACAGUUGUCAGGGUGACUCCGGUGGUCCGUUGAUGUUGCAGAAGUCCGGCAGGUGGUUCUUGAUCGGCAUCGUGUCGGCGGGGUAUUCUUGCGCGCAGCCCGGUCAACCGGGUAUUUAUCACAGGGUGGCGCACACCGUCGAUUGGAUCACCAGGGCCAUUGGCUCGUAGUGAACGCAAAAUUUAUCAAAAAGGCAAACCCAAUUACUCUAUGUGAUGGAAAUUAACGAGGCUAAUCUUGGCAAAAUUAAUGUCGUCUCAUUAAUUCGUAAAAUUAUAAUAUUCCUUUUAUGAAAGCUUUGUGUUACAAAACCUGUUUUAACAGUAAUUGUUUGAAGGACCUUAAUUUUAUUAUCAUCUUGUAAGAGAGGACAUUUCAAUAAUUUUCAAAUUAAUGUCGUCAUUGCUUAUUUCAUUUUCUUCACUCACGUAUGCAUUUUAUCCUUAAACUUUUGCACUUUCUCUACCUAUAUUUAUUUUUGUCGAACUAUCUGGUAUUUUGUAACUUACAUUUAUACUUUCAUUCUUGACUAUUUAAUAUUUUGUAACUUAUGUCUACACUUUCUUUGUAACGUUUUCCCUACAUCUCGAACUAAUAUACCAUAAAAUCAUUGAUUUGUUCUAAAUAAUUGUAUCAGUUUUAACUCAUUACUUACAUCUGUAAGUGUAGGUGUUUUCAUAGUUCAAUCUUCCUAGUAUUUUAUAAUUUAUUAUUACAUACUUCCUCAUCUACUUCCUUAAAAACAUCUCUUGGAGCUACUUAAUUUAGUACCUAACUUUCUAGACUUUUACCUAUAAUUCACAUUUCUUCCUUUAAAAAUUUUUAACACAUCUUUAAAAGUAGUUACGUCUUCUAUAAACCA